UUAGUCACGCGUGUAUCCGGCGCGGGCGCACGUCGCUCUGUUACACAUACAAUAUUACAAUUCAUAUAAUCGAAAAUAACAAUAUAAUUAGUUGAAAUUACCAAAACAAUUACCGCUGCAGGAUUAUAAUUGCAGGAUAUUUUGUUAAUAGUGACUGAUGACUGACGUGUUUACAUAGUAAAGUGAAGUGUGUACGUACAUUGGAAAACCUGUUUUAAGAGUGAAAAUUACUUAGUUACUAAAUGUAGUUUUUAAAGAUAUGUUAUUAAAAGGUUAACUGUGAUAGUGCAUUAUCAGUGUAUACAAUCAGUGUUUUUAAAAUUUGAUCUGAAAACGAAUCUGUAGUUUAUAUUAAACAAAAUGUACACACAUCGAUCGAGUCUAUUACGACUGUGUGUGUGGGUGAGCCUGUUGGCGUUAUGUUGGGGCCAGCGGGCUGAGCAGCUCCUCGCACAGAACCCUUGCUCGAGCAAGACGACGUGCAGCGACUGCAUCAGGACGGCAAGCUGUGCGUGGUGCUUCGCUUCCGACUUCAAUGGCCCGCGAUGCUUCAACCCAGCUAUGGAGCGGGGAGGCACAGCGGGCUGUGAUGAAGCCUACAUCUUUAACCCCGACAACCAGCGAUCUGUGGACCCUAGAUAUAAUAUGGAGCUGAGUAGAGCGAAAUCUCGCAUGGGAAUGGCCAGUGGUUCGUUUGAAGAAUCUAUGAGUGCUAAGGGAAGCAGCUUCUCGGCCUCAGGCGCUGGUUCAGCUGCAGCCGGUGCCGCCGCAGGCGAAAGCUUAGUACAAAUGAAACCACAGAGAGUCUCACUUAACCUAAGAAUGAAUCAAAUGCAGAAGCUGACGUUUGCUUACUCCCGUGCUCAGGACUAUCCCGUUGACUUGUACUAUCUUAUGGACCUCAGUAGAUCUAUGAAGAACGAUAAAGAGAAGCUCAGUACAUUAGGAAGUUUGCUCUCAGACACCAUGAAGAACAUGACUUCUAACUUCUGGAUCGGUUUCGGUUCAUUCGUGGACAAAUUAGUCAUGCCUUAUGUUUCGACUGUUCCCAAAAAUUUGAUUUCGCCCUGUGAUGGCUGUGCAGCGCCUUAUGGAUACCAGAACCAAAUGUCACUCAGCAAUGAUACGAAUUUCUUUGUGAAAGCGGUAGCCAACGCCGACGUGUCCGGUAACUUGGAUGCUCCCGAAGGAGGUUUCGACGCCAUCAUGCAAGCAGUUGUGUGCAAGCAGCAGAUAGGCUGGCGCGACCAGGCUAGGAGACUUCUGGUGUUCUCGACUGACGCAGGAUUCCAUUAUGCCGGAGAUGGAAAGCUCGGUGGUAUCGUGCAACCGAACGACGGAGAAUGUCACAUGAAAGGCAACACCUACACACACUCGACUCUGCAGGAUUACCCUAGCAUUUCACAGAUUAAUCAUAAGGUGAAGAAACAUGCUAUAAACGUGAUAUUCGCCGUGACGGCUGAACAGAUCAGUGUGUACGAACAGCUGAGCAAACACAUCGAGGGCUCCAGCACUGGAGUACUCAGCAAUGACUCUGACAACAUCGUAGAUUUGGUACGAGAACAAUACAACAAAAUUACGUCAGCUGUGGAAAUGAAAGAUUCAUCGAGUGACGCCGUGCAAAUAGUGUAUUACUCAUCUUGUUUGAGUGGCAAGGAACUCAUCCAGACUAACAAAUGCGACGGAUUGAAGGUUGGAGAUGUUGUUGAAUUCACAGCUGAGAUCACCCUCAAGGAAUGCCCCAAGGACCGCAGCAAGUGGAGGCAGACCUUUGACAUCUCCCCCGUCGGUAUCUCUGACAGUCUGGUCGUUGACCUCGAGAUGGUCUGUGACUGUCCCUGCGAGCAGCCUGGACAUCAUGCCUACAACGACAGCCCGCUGGUGUGCAGCGGCGAGGGCGUGUCGGCGUGCGGCGUGUGCGUGUGCGCGCCGGGCCGCUUCGGCAAGAGCUGCGAGUGCUCGGCGCACGGCGGCGUGUCGGCCGAGCAGGAGCGCGGCUGUCGCCCCACCAACGCCAGCUCCGGCCCGCUCUGCUCCAACCGCGGGACCUGCAUCUGCGGCGUCUGCGAGUGCAACAAGAUGGACGACCCGCUCAAGGUGAUCUCCGGUCCAUUCUGCGAGUGUGACAACUUCACGUGCGACAUGAACAAGGGUCUGCUGUGUUCGGGCCCCGACCAUGGCGAGUGUGUGUGCGGCAAGUGUAGCUGCACUGCCGACUACACCGGCCCCGCCUGCCAGUGCCUCAAGGAUCAGACGCCUUGCCGAUCACCUGAAAACAAUGAAAUCUGCAGUGGAAAUGGACAAUGUGUGUGUGGUCAAUGUAUGUGUAAUUCAGACGAUGACCGCCACUACUCUGGUAAAUACUGUGAGAAAUGUCCCACAUGCCCUGGCCGCUGCGGCGAGUUCAAGGACUGUGUUCUAUGCGAGGUGCACAAGCGCGGCCCGAAGUACAACGCGGACACGGACACUUGUGGCGACUGUGCCCUAUUCCCUAUCGUCGAAGAAGGCAAAAUUGAAGCUAACGAAUCUCGAAACGAACAUCUGUGCAGUUUCUACGACGACGAAGACUGUUUGUACGUGUAUGUGUACUCUUAUAACGAGAACCAGCAGCUCGUGAUCAGGGCGCAGAAGGAACGCGAGUGUCCUAAGAAGGUACCAAUCCUGGGCAUUGUGCUCGGUGUGAUCGCAGCUAUCGUGCUCGUCGGUCUCGCUCUGCUCAUGCUGUGGAAGAUGGCGACAACCAUCCAUGAUCGCAGGGAGUUCGCGCGCUUCGAAAAGGAGCGCAUGAUGGCCAAAUGGGACACGGGCGAGAAUCCGAUUUACAAACAAGCGACGUCUACCUUCAAAAACCCUACGUACGCCGGAAAAUAAUCCUCUAGUGUAUAACAGUCAAACAAACAACAACAUACAUGUACAACUAUUAUGCCGCAUUUAUAUGAUGAACAAGUCGACAGUAUUUCAAGAAAAUUCACGGUUUAUAGAAUUUUUAUAAAAGAAGUUUUAGAAAGCAAUAAAAAUUGUUUAUAGAGCUGCCUUAAUAAUGUGCCUUUCCAUAGAUCUUAUAAAAUUUUAAUCGUGUAUCGAGAUACCCGAAACGCUAAAAGAUGUAUUAUGAACUUCGUAGCAAUACUAAAUGAUAUUUUAUAAAAAAAGCAAACAGUCUGUAUUUAUGCCUUCCUUAUUUUAUAUUAAAUUUUACAAUAUUAUCAGGUCUGUGUAAUCUCAGGAUGUAUAUUGUACGCUUUUUGUACUUACGUGUGAAUGUUGUAUGUACUUAUGUGUUUGUGUGGUAGUUACAGUCGAACGUGCUGUGUGCUAUAGACCUAGAUGCUUCUCAUACGAUACGUAUAAGACCAUGCUGCGUUCGAUAGGUUGUAGAAUAAAGCUUUAUAAUGUUUUAAAAUAAUCGGUAAUGAUCUUAAUACACAACUGACAUCGGUAUUUGUUAACACAAGGCGGGUUUAAUUAAUCUGACAGAAGUACGACAUGUAAUUAUUUUAUAUUAUGCAAUCCAAGCCUGCCUUUAGUCAAAUUAACGUCAAAAUUUAUAAGUGUACAUUAAUAAUAACUUGUUAAUUUUUAUUUUAUUUGUAACAUACGAAUUGUAACUCACAGGGGUCGAAUAUCGAGUCACACAAUGUAAAACUGUGCGUCACUGUAGUAGAUUGUUUGGUAUGUUCCAAUGAGUAAUUAUAGUCACUGCCAUAAAUAGAAUUUACAGUGUAAUGUAGCAAGUGAGUUGUCAUAUAAGCUGCCCUUUAGUGAGCACAGUUCAAUCAUACACUGUAGUGGAGUAUAUGAUAAACGUAUAGUCCUAAAACCUAUUUUAUGUCAUGUGAUCUCACGUAUUUCGGAAAUAUAUUCCCCGUUCAGAUCUGAGUGCUUAUAUCGUAAUAAUUUACGAUAUAUCGUCGAAUCAUCUCAAGGAUCCGCUGUAAACCUAAUAAUCGUAAUAAAAUAUAAAGUACAUGUUGUACAGAAUCUUUGAGGAGUAAUCUCUGUAGAUCCCAAGACGACGUUACUACUGCUUCUCUUGUUCGUUCGUGCCUUGUUAUAACAUGAAUAAUAACUAGUGCCAUUACUAAUAUUAUAGUGAGUAAAAGAAAAUUAUUAUUUAUUUCAAAUAUAAAAGUUGAUAUGUAGAAACGUAAUGUAAUUAAUUAUAAGUAUAAAUAAGAUAAGAAUGAGUUUUGUUUUGACGUCAUAUUUUUUAUUAUUGCUCUGGUUUUAUUGACAUGAACGUGAAGGGUUUGUAAUUGUAUGUGUCUUUGUAAACAAGAAAGUUAUUUUUUAUAUAACCAGCGAUAUUGGUUCGUUAUAAUUAUUUUCAACAUAAAGCCGCUGAUGCUAAUAUAGUCAAUUCUAAGAAAAUACGAUGGGAGCAAGAAAUUUAUGGAAGCGGAAAACGUAUUUAUUUGAUACCGUAACUUGGAAUGAACUCUCAAUGUAAUUAUGUUUUUUUACGAUUUACAUUUGAACACCUUGUUUUAUUAAAUUUCUAUCUUAAAAGUUUAUUUUUCGAUUGUACAUAUUUAGUUUAUUAAAUCCAGUAUCUUAUUACAAGCAAUUGUGGCUUCUAAUAGUAGUUAAUAAAUAUUAACACAA